AUGGAUAUUCGGCUCCUCCGCGCGUCCGACAUACCGCUGAUUCAGCACGCGAACCUCGAGAACCUGCCCGAGAACUACUUCCUCAAGUACUACCUCUACCACGCCCUCUCGUGGCCGCAGCUGUCCUUCGUCGCCGUCGACGCCUCGCGCCCGCCCAAGACGCCCUACGACUACCCCAAGAUCGUCGGCUAUGUGCUCGCCAAGAUGGAGGAGGAGCCCGCCGACGGCGUGCAGCACGGACACAUCACGUCGCUGUCCGUCAUGCGCACCCACCGCCGCCUGGGCAUUGCCGAGAAGCUGAUGCGCCAGAGCCAACUAGCCAUGGUCGAGACAUUCGGCGCGCACUACGUGUCGCUGCACGUGCGCGUCUCUAACAAGGCCGCCAUCCACCUGUACCGCGAUACCCUCGGUUUCAAGACGGAGAAGACCGAGUCCAAGUACUACGCCGACGGCGAGGACGCCUACUGCAUGAAGCUGGACCUCGACUUCAUCCGGGAGCAGCUACGCGAGCAGGAGGACCAGUCAGAGGAGGCCGUCGGGGAGGGCAGCAGCAGUAAGAAGAGCGGAGACGGGGAGGGCGCUGAGAAAAAGAACACGGGCGGCGAGGCCGUCGACGAGGGCGAGGCGGUCGGCGAUGUCGGGCGGGAUCCGGCCAAGGGGGGAAGUAAGGGCGAACAGAAGAUCAAAGUCAAGGUUGGGCGGGCGCUGGGAGUAGGCGAGUUAGUAGAGAAGGUCGAGAGUAAACACAGCUAA